AUGAGUGGCCUCGCCUCGAGCGUUCUCAGCGACCUCUACCACCUCCCCAAAGAUCGAGACCUGCUUCUCUCCGAGUCCGAAGAUUCAUUUCUUCAACCCCUCGGCUACACCAUCUACCGCACAUGCUACACCCCCCAAUCAGACGAAGCAUGGGAAGCCCUAAAGCGCGAACUUUCCCAGACAUUCCACGAUGCCAUUGCCAACGCUGAUUCAUCUUCCGAAAUCGUGCAAAAACUGCUCUCUCUCGUGAAAUUAGACUUCCGCUCUGAUCCCAAUCUUCUCAACGGCUUAGAUAUCCACCAAGUACGCGAAAUAUACAUGUCCAGCACUGGCAGUGAACCACCAAACAAACACAAAGCCUGGCGCCGCAUCUUCCUUCUCGCCGACGAAGAAGUCCUUUCAGGAGAACUCAACCAGCCCAUAAAGUACGACGCCCACAUAAAAUACGUGCAAUCCGACUUUGACGCCCCUGAUCUGACAGUGAAGCGCCGCGAGCCGAUCCGAUAUUUUGGCUGGAUGAAGAUGCGGCUGUGGAGUUUAUAG